CCCGAUUCUGCUCUUCUUCUUCCUGCUGCAGCCACCUGAGGAAAAAAAAGGGGGAACCCAGCCAUGCCUUUGAGAAACCGGUAAAGCUUGAUGAUUUUCCCUUAUUUUCUUGUCCAAGAACCUGAUUUAGAACCCAAAAAUCUCUCCCUCUCUGCAGAAACCCAGAUCUGGUCGAUUCUCCCCUCCCCUCCCCUGUCCGUGAGCUGCAGCUUGUGGGUGGGUGAUUUCUAGGCAUGUUUUCGGCCGUGAGCUUCUUCUCCAAAUUGCCGCCGGCUUCUCUUCCCCCUACAGCUCCGAUUUUAGCUGGAGAAUUAUGGAAAUGGGGGAUAAUUCCGAUAGCUUUAGGACCAUGAUUAAGCACUAAUUCAAGUGGGAUUUAUGUGAUUGAGUGUUAAUUGCUUGUUGUGAUUUUUGGAGUGAAAUCCCGUGAGAUUAGUUAGUGUUUUGGCCAAUUUGUGGGAGUGGAGUUACUGUUCACGUCGGGGUCACUGUUCACCGGCACUGUUCACCGGUUACUGUUCACACCCCGAGGGCCAACAUUUAA